AUGGCUGCUGGGUUGGGUUCCGCGGCUCUGUUCUUGGUUCACAUUGUUUUGUUCUUUAGCCCUUCAUUUGCUACAGACCCUUUUGCUUUUUUCAACUUGGAGCUCUCUUACAUCACUGCUUCUCCACUUGGUGUUCCUCAGCAGGUGAUAGCCGUUAACGGCUCAUUUCCGGGCCCUGUUAUCAAUGUGACAACGAAUUACAAUGUUGUGGUAGAUGUUCGGAACAAAUUGGAUGAAAAUGUUCUCCUUACAUGGAAUGGGAUUCAAAUGCGUCGUAACUCUUGGCAAGAUGGUGUUCUCGGCACCAAUUGCCCAAUUCCUCCUAAGAAGAACUUUACUUACCAGUUUCAGGUGAAGGAUCAAAUUGGUAGUUUCUUUUACUACCCAUCCCUCAACAUGCAGAGAGCAUCUGGUGGCUUUGGUUCUUUCGUGAUCAUGAAUCGUGAUAUCAUACCAAUUCCCUUCAAUACCCCUGAUGGAGAUAUUGUUAUCUUGAUUGGUGAUUGGUAUCUUCGAAAUCAUACGGCUCUGCGAAAAGAACUUGACAAUGGGAAAGAACUGGGAAUGCCUGAUGGUGUUCUCAUUAAUGGCAAGGGACCAUACAAAUACAAUGCUUCUGUUCCAGAUGGCAUCGAUUAUGAGACCAUACAUGUUGAUCCAGGUAAAACAUACCGAGUUCGUGUGCACAAUGUUGGUGUUUCAACUGCUUUGAACUUCCGCAUUCAGAACCACAAUUUACUUCUAGCUGAGACAGAGGGUUAUUAUACAUCGCAGCAAAAUUACACUAGUUUGGAUAUCCAUGUCGGGCAGUCCUUCACUUUUCUGGUUACCAUGGAUCAAAAUGCAAGCAGCGACUACUACAUUGUUGCCAGUGCUAGGUUUGUAAACCAAACUGUUUGGCAGAGAGUCACUGGAGUCGCUGUUUUGCAUUAUUCAAACUCUAAGGGGAAGGCUUCUGGUCCUCUUCCGGAUCCACCAAAUGAUCAGUUUGAUAGCUCCUAUGCCCUGAACCAAGCUAUGUCUAUCAGACAAAAUGUGACUGCUAGUGGCGCCCGUCCAAACCCACAGGGUUCUUUUCAUUAUGGCCAGAUAAAUGUAACAGAGACAUACAUAAUCAGAACUCAUCCAUUGGUGACGAUUGAUGGAAAACUUAGAUCAACAUACAAUGGAAUUUCUUAUGUCAAUCCCGACACUCCUCUUCGGCUUGCAGAUGAUUACCACUUGAAGGGUAUCUACAAGCUUGAUUUCCCAAGUCAGCCUUUGGACAGACCACCCAAGUUGGACCAUUCAAUUAUCAAUGCCACAUACAAGGGAUUUAUCGAAAUUGUAUUGGUGAACAAUGACAGUAUUCCACAUAGCUUUCACCUAGAUGGAUAUUCGUUCUUCGUCGUCGGAAUGGGAAUGGGAAACUGGACCGAAAACAACAGGGGAACAUAUAAUAGGUGGGAUGCAAUAUCUCGUUCCACUGUGCAGGUAUUCCCUGGAGCAUGGACAGCAGUGUUGGUAUCCCUGGACAAUGUAGGUGUAUGGAACCUCAGAUCGGAAAACUUAGACAGAUGGUAUCUUGGGGAAGAAACUUAUAUGAAGAUUGUAAAUCCAGAGGACAGCGGUAACAAGACCGAAUUGCCAAGGCCUGAAAAUGUUCUUUAUUGUGGUGCUCUUGCAAAAUAUCAGAAGUCUUCGACAAGAAGUAUCCAUGAAGGUUCAAAGAUCUAUCUGACACUGAUGGUGUUGUUGUCUGCUCUUGUUUCCAUCUUAUGUUAG